AUCGUAGAAGAAUUUCUUAUCUGUGUAGAGUUUAGGUUAACAUAAUAUAUAUUACUCGAAAUACAAAAACAAUCCUGUCAUUGCCCCGUUCACUAUUAGAUUAUUAUUAGUUUCAGAAAUGCUAUGUCGGCAAAUCGGAUACAUAAUAAUCUCUAAUAUAUUUAUGUAUGUAAAUUUCGAAAAGUCGACAAAGUGGCCUCAAACACUAAUUAUAUUUUAAUUUUAUAUUCAAAAACUAUAUUUGCUAUUGGUUUUUGAGAUAAGAGAGAUAAGAUUUUGAUAACCAUCAAGAGUCUAAAUUCUAGACUAUUACUACUACGACUAUUGGCAGUUAGCACGUAAGAAACUUUGAACUAUUUUUUUACAUAUAAUGAGGGUACUUCGAAAUUAGAAUCAAAACGAUAUAUUUUACAAUUAACUGAAACUUAAAGUUUUGCCAAGAAGCAUAGGUUACCGCAUGAUAAAAUUAAUUUAAAUUCAGUAAUAUGGAAAGGAAUAGAGAAAAAUUAAGAAAAAGCAUUGAAAGUAAUAAUGAGACUGAAGUUCAAAAUUUGUUAAGCCAUAGUUUAGAUCCAAAUUUUGAAGGAGGAUGGCCCAUACGAUUAGCUGCGCGAUUAGGAUUUUAUAACAUAGUGAAAUUAUUUUUACGAUUUGGUGCUAAUCCACAUCUUCUCAGUGAGUCUGGUGCUUCAACGUUACAAUUAGCUGUAUAUUCAACCAAAAAUUGGGAUCUAGACAAUUGGAACUUUUUGCUAUCGUGCUGUGACUCCUCUCAAUUGGCUGACGGGGGUGCUGUCGCAAUUAUUUUUGGCAAUAUUGACGCUUUUAAAAAGAUAAUAAGAACUGGACGUUGUAACACUAAUAUACCAACAUCGUUAACAGGAAAAACUAUAGAAGAUCUUGCUAAAGGCUAUAAAUUAAAUUAUUUAUUAAAUCUAUCUCAAAACAAUUCUCUACAAGUUACAUCUACGCUGUCAUUACCAUCGCCUAGGCAUUCCAGGCAACAUAGAACGGAUGUACGCAGAUCUCCAGUGCUGCAGCAUCGAAAUCUGUCGCCAUCUGUUGCCAAUUUUUUCAACAUCGCAGCUCAACGUCUGACUCCCCCUCGAUCACCUUUAAGGCCUACGUUUUCACCAACACAUUGACGAGAAAUAUAACUUAGAGUUAAUAUUUCUUAUUCGUUUGACUAGAUACCGUAAUAGCAGGACGUAAUAUUAGACUUAAUCCAACUUUGUAGCAGUUGUUCGCACAUGACUUGGGUUGAUACAGUUAGCUCGGGGUUAUGAUUCCUAAAGAAAUUAAUUCUGUUUCAGGCUAUGCCUACGUAUUGUUCCGAUGAGCUUUUAAAUAUGAAAUUAAACGGAUGAUGUAUUGACAAUGACAUGAUUUUGUUAAUAUUUUAGGGAAUUUAAGAUGUUUAAUUAUUAUUGUAUUGAGAUUAAGUUCAAGAUUUCGUUUUAAUUCUUAAGUAUUAAAAACAUACUAAAUAACGAU